GUAGAGUAUUCUUCAACAAAACAUGUAAAAGACAAUGUCUGUUAUCCCGACCAAACUACAUGUGAAGUUUAUCUCUAUCAGCAGAGAAUCAUGCGAAAUCACAUGAAAUUCAUUUUUCUUUCUCACAUUCUCUUCAUAAGCAUCAAUCUUGCCACUGCCAUUCCCAUUACUUGUUACGACACAGGAAACUUUACCGCUAAUAGUACCUAUGCCAAUAACCGGUACCAAAUCCUCUCUUCUCUGGCUCCCAAUGUCUCUGCAAAUGGUGGUUUCUUCACCACCAGCAUUGGCCAAGAACCCAACAAAAUUUAUGCUCUCGGGCUUUGCAGAGGUGACGAUAAACCAGAGUCCUGUUUCAACUGUGUCAACGCCACCAGUCAAGAACUCAUGACAGAAUGUCCAAACCAGAAAGAAGCACUUUAUUGGGGAGGUCAUCCUAUAUGUCUUGUACGCUACGCGGACCGCUCCUUUUUCGGGCAACUGGAGCUCGCUCCUAAUGAUAUUGGCUGCUUGAAUCGUGAGAUAUCUUCAAAUAUAACGGAGUUUGAUAAGAUAUGGGAAGAUUUGAUGGAAAGGUUGACUGAAACAGCUUCAAGUGGCUCUUCCAGGAUUAAGUAUGCAACCGAUCAAGUCCCAGUGACUGUGUUUCAGAACAUAUAUGCAAUGAUGCAGUGUACUCCAGAUCUGUCUAAGAGUGAUUGCAGGAAUUGUCUGAGAGAAAAUGUAGCAACAUUUCAGAAUCAGUGCUAUGGGAAGCAAGGAGGUUAUGUUCGGGGACCCAACUGUUUGUUACGGUGGGAUUUGUUUCCUUUUUUCAAUGCUUCUGCCUCUCCUCCAGCUCCAUCAGUGCUUCCUCCAUCUCCGUCCAGUAAUUCUCAUCCAGCAACGUCCAAAUCAAUAAAAGUAAAGGAUGAUGAUGACGGCAUUGGACCUCCAACGAUCACAGCUAUUGUUAUUCCUACAAUUACGUUUAUCGCUCUUGUGGCCCUCACUUGCAUCCUUUUGAUCCGAAGGAGAAGGAAGCGCUCUCAGGAGUUUGAAAAUGCGGAUGAAGUUGAGAGAAUGAAAUCCUUCCAAUAUGACUUCGAGACUAUAAGAAAUGCAACUGAUAACUUUGCUGCUGCAAAUAUGCUUGGACGUGGAGGAUUUGGUGCUGUUUACAAGGGUACACUUCCAGAUGGACAAUAUGUAGCGGUGAAGAGGCUGUCUAGACAUUCGAGUCAAGGCGAAGUAGAAUUCAAGAAUGAAGUGGUGUUAAUGACUGGGCUUCAACACAGGAAUCUGGUCAGGCUUCUUGGUUUCUGCUUGGAAGGAAGUGAAAGGCUUCUUAUAUAUGAGUUGUUGCCUAACUCAAGCCUCAAUCACUUCAUAUAUGAUCCAACAAAGCGUGCUUUACUGGAUUGGGAAACGCGCUACAAAAUUAUCAGGGGCAUUGCUCGAGGACUUCUUUACCUUCAUGAAGAUUCUCGACUACGAAUUAUUCAUCGUGAUCUCAAAGCAGGCAACAUAAUGUUGGACGAAGAAAUGAAUCCUAAGAUUUCGGAUUUUGGAAUGGCAAGAUUGUUUGAAAUGGAUCAAACUCAAGCCGAUACAAGCAGAGUCGUGGGCACCUAUGGAUAUAUGGCUCCCGAGUAUGCGAUGCACGGACAAUUCUCUGUUAAAUCUGAUGUUUAUAGCUUUGGCGUAUUGGUUUUGGAGAUCAUCAGCGGUCAAAAGAUCAAUAAUUUUUGUUUUGGGGAAGAGUCUGAGAACCUCCUAACUUAUGCAUGGAAAAACUGGAAUGGAGGGACAGCAUCAAAUUUGGUAGAUCCAAUGCUGAGCGUUGGUUCGAGAAGUGAAAUGAUGAGGUGUAUCCACAUUGGACUACUCUGUGUUCAAGAAAAUGUAGCCAGUAGACCAACCAUGGCUUCAGUUGUUCUAAUGCUUAGUAGCUCCUCCGUUUCCUUCUCAGCACCCUUGAAACCUGCAUUUUUCGAUAGCACGUUUGUGGGUUCUGAGGCAUCAGCAUCAACAACAAGAGCAGAUCAAUCCAAAAGUGAAUCUGUUAAAUUCACCAUCAAUGAGGUUUCAAUCACUGAGCUACAACCUCGAUAAUGCGCAAGGAUGGAGGCAGUGUCAUGAAGCAGGAAGGAAGUUUGUCUUCUUAAAUGGUACAAGUCAGUUGUGAAUGCAGGUUCUUUAAUAGUUCUCUGGUCAUCAAAUGUACAUUUAGUUCUAGCUAUAAGUGUGUGUGCUACCAUUAUUUCCUAAGCAGGCUUUUCAUUGAGAACAAUGCUUACUAGUU